GUGGCUGGGAUUCACUGCACACCGGCUCCCGGCUCCUGGAUGGGGCCAGGGAGGCUUUCUCUGGCUGGGAUGAAGAACUUGAACAGAAACUCACUGCAAGCUGUGUGUGAUUCCCAGGUCCCUCAUCCUCCCCCCAGGACAUCAGGACACACAAAAACCCUGUAUUACCCUCCAUCCACUGAGAGCCAGGCUGGAGACGGAUGCUGAGAACAGGAAGGGUGUGUGAGAAUUCCUCCGGCUUCACCCUUGCUUCUAACUCUUGGGGGUACCAGGUGACCGGUCCCAAGGAGCUGUAUGAUGGAGGCGCUCCCUACAGCUCUGGAGGUCGACGAGAAGUCUCCAGAGUCCAAGGACCUGCUGCCCAGCCAGACGGCCAGCUCGCUGUGCAUCAGCUCCAGGAGUGAGUCUGUCUGGACCACCACUUCCAAGAGUAACUGGGAAAUCUACCGCAAGCCCAUUAUCAUCAUGUCCGUGGGCAGUGCCAUCCUCCUCUUCGGUGUGGCCAUCACCUGCAUGGCCUACAUGAUGAAUCUGGAUGUCAAGAGGGUUAAGAUCCUGAAGAUGACGGGGCCUGCCUUCCUAUCCCUGGGACUCAUGAUGCUGGUGUGCGGGCUGGUGUGGGUACCCAUCAUCAAAAAGAAACAGAAGCAGAGACAGAAGUCAAUGUUCUUCCAGAGCCUAAAGUCUUUCUUCUUAAAUCGCUGAUGGCAGCCUCACCUUUUGUCUUCCCAACACCCUGGCGCCUCAACCAGGAAAAGGAGAUCUGAUGACCAACAUCCAACCCCGUGUCUCCUUGGUGGUGGGGUUGGCCAUAGAAAUGACCCAGGCAAACCCUCUUCCUGGACCUGGGGGAAAGAGAGAGCUCAGGGCUCCACCCUCAAUGCAGCUGGGGUGCAUUGCUGGAUGUAUCUCAUUUAGUCUCUGUCAUUACUGAUGCUUCCCUUAGAUCCUGGCCACAAGCAUCCCCUUUCAUGGCUCUCAUCCCCUGUCAUGCAUCUAGGCGUCACUCAUCUAACUCUCUCUGCCAAGUGCUGUGCAUGUUGGAAAUUCCUUGGGGUGGGCUAUGCCCCAAGAAGAACCUCAUGUUUACACAUCUGAGAGCCUGAGCUGGAUUCCACAUUUGCAAUCUUCUAGGACCAAACUGACCAACAGUGGUUCUUUAGAUGGGGUAGGGAGGACUGACUUCUGACCCACUGGGUUCGCCAACCCAGCUCCCUUUGUGGGCAAGAUACUGACUUGCAUUUCAAUAGACCAUUCCAAAGAGUGAAUAGUGAAGGGGUCAGGACAGACACUUUCUGAGAAGUCACAUUCCCCUGGACAUGGCCUUGGGAGUCAGCCAGUCAAGGAAGUUCAAUUCUCAGUUAUAUAGUAUUUACACCAGAGGCAGUGGGUGGACGAGAUGGUGUCACAGUUUCCCCUUGACCUUCUAACUCCUUCACCUUGAUUACUCUUCCCUCUGAACUUGACAACUAGCCAAGGACAAGUGCAUGUUGCUCUAACUUCCUCUUGACCCCUAUCCUUGAUUCUAGAACAGCAAGAUGGAGAGCUGUAGAAGGAUUCGAUAAGAUUGUUCUCUCCUUUACCUCCAAGAAUCAAAACCAAGAAGAUCAAAUUCCACAUCUGAAUAGUCUGUAGGUUUCCAGAGAUGGAAUUCACUUUUGAAAAUCCCAACGCCUGCUCUUCCUGACCCCACCCACCAAACAAGCAAACAUUUACUGAGUACCCUGCUUUGGGCCAGGCCCCUGCUCUCAUCUUGUUUCCAAAGUGAGAGAUACAACCAAGCCAACAGGCAAUUGGAAUACCCUGUGCCGAGUACUUAACUGGGGAAAUGUAGAUGAGUGUGGGGACCCAGACAGGACAUCCAACCCAGACUUGGGAGAGGAUAGAUAGAUUGCUGUGUCACCCAAACUUAGAAACAAAGGGAAGAGUUGAGCUCUCAAAGAGCGGAAAGGAAAACCAUUUGGGACAGCAGGAACUGCCUGUGCAAAAGCUGGGCAGGGUGAAGGGGAACAUGACAAAAUAGGAAACUACAUACAAUUUUCCUAACCUCCCAAAGGUGCCCUUUCCUCCCCUCCGGUGGCCUCCUUCUUACCUGCUUCCCCAGGUGCCUCAGUGGAGCUUCUCCGGGGGCGUAUUGAAGGCUUCCUGGGGUGUAUGGGGAACUACUGAAAAGGGGUUUCCAGGAGGCCUAUCAAGCAGCUCCCAGAACCUGGGUCUUCCUGUAGUAGUAGCCAGGGGCCCUUAGGUGACAGACCAGGAGGGGUAGCGAUGUGAAACCUCGCCACCAUGCUGCCUUAGGCCAGGCCUAGGCCCAGUGGAGAGCGUUUGAUAGCGAGCUCUGAGAGGGAGGUGUCCUGCACUGUGAUCACCAUUGGCUUGAGCUAGCUCCCUUCACUCCCCAGCCUUCUGGCCUCCUGGUCAAUAUGGUAACUGCUUGCUAACAGGCCUCCAUGUAUCUCCAUCCUUCAUGGUGGUUCCAUACGCAAAGUCAGAAACUCACCUUGUUCUCUCUGCAUUAUGGGAAUUCCGUGGAGGCAGGUCCCUGUCACCUGGGGACACCUCCUGCCCCUUCUACCUAAGGAGCCAGAGUUAGGGGAGCCUGUGGCCUUUGAACUUUACCCAGAAUGGCCUUGUCUCUCAUUCAUCCGGUGUGGCUGGGUCCUUUAGCCCAUCUGUCCCCUGCACACAGGUGGUCAGGAUCAAUCCUGGGAGCGUUGCAAGUGCUCUGUCACUAGUUGUAGUCCCAGUGCCUCUAGUGACCAGGCUUGCAGAUCAUAUCCUUUCUCUGACAUGAAGGCAGAUUCAGUAUCGGCCCUAUAAUAUUACUCCUGCAGUCCUUGAUGUUUUCUUACAUGGGAGCAAACCGGGUGGGCUCCCAGCUAGCUCAGUGGGAAUCAGAACUUCCUGUGUCUCAAUUCAUCUGCCCACAAGCUUAUAGUCUGGGCACCGCCGUGGGAGGAGAAUGCUGCUACCGCCUAUGUCUUAGUGGGAGGAAGUUUGGGGACAGCCAUAAUUCUAGUGUGUUCUGGACUCACGCUCUUCUGGACUCAGUGGCUCAAGGUGAGGCAGGCAGCUAUCCAGGAUCAGCCUGUUAAUGUCGCCAUGAACUCAGAACAAGCACAAGAAGGAGUGAUAGUUCAGUUCCCUCUGUGGUCUCCUUCUUCCUCCCAAGGUCAUCCUUUUUCCUGGUCCAGCUUUGCUACAUCUCCAGUGACAGUCUGCUGCAGUACUUGCCCACAUUCCCUGCUCCUCCAGCUAGUUUCUCAGCAAGAAAAGUGAGGAAAGAGCUCUGAAGAAAGAUCUCCAAGCAUCAUUCAACCCCACUGAGAUUCGCCAUAGGAGUGUGGGGCUAGGAACAUGCCAGCGUCAUGCUGGGGGUGAGGGGGAACAUGAUCAAAGACCAUCACCACCUGGAAGCCUGGGGUAUGGGUGUGUCUGAUUUGUGGAUACCGCCCAGGUCAGAAGCAACAUUUCUGGGGAAAAGCAUCACCAUCAGGACUCCUUUCAUGCCUGUGGGUCAGAGGACAGGACGGGCAUCCAUGUGUUUGGCUAACGGGAUUGCAUUAUUCUACCCAUAGCUAUUCUGUUUUUGAGAGUUUGAUUUAAUCUGAGGCCUUCGAGGAACUGUUGUAAUGUUGAAUUGUAGUCAAUGUUCUACUUAACACUGAAUUCUACUUACGCUGCUUAAUGGUGUCUGCUGUGUAUUCAUUUUGUUCCACCAGAACCUCCAAGACUGUAUCCACUAAUUAAUCCCUCUAAACUGCACCCCCAUCACACGUCCUCCCCUUUCCCCCACCCAAGGGACCAGACUCACCAGACGCACCACGUCCUUGACUUUCUGCUUGAUCUAACUUGCUCUGUCCUUAGAGGAAACAGAGAAUGGGGCUAGGUCUGGAUAAGCAAGCAGUAUUUUAUUUCUCCUUCCAUUUCUGCAGCAUUGUCAUGACACCCCACCCCUCCUGCCCGCCAUAUCUAUCACUUUGUCACCAUCUCCAGCUCUCAGAGGUCUGAUGUCCCUGGAAAACUAAAACCCAGAGGCCCAAAUGUGUCUGAGAGUAAAUAUGUUCAAGGGAACUGCCUGAGCAUGGUGAUGCUUCUGAACAACACCAACUGGGUGCCACAGGGGCUUGGGAUGGUGGGAGAGGGCCGUUAGAAGGGAGCAAGAGAAGAGAGACGUGGCACUUGACAAGGACAUUCUGGAGUGGUGUUUCAAGAGCAGAAGAAGGGCCCAGGCUGAAAAUGAUAAACAUUUCUUGCGUGUGUACUACAUGCCAGGGACUGAUCUAAGUACUUCAUGCAUUAACUCACUUAAUCCUUUCAAAAAACCCUUUUCUGGGGUACGAUUGUCAUCAUCAUCCCCACUUUACAGGUGAGAUAAGUGAGGCACGGGGACACCAAACUAGGAUAACACCAAGCUGGGAUUGAAAACCAGGUGGCCUGGCUCCAGAGGCCACACCCCAUUCAGUUCUCCAAAGGCCUGAGGGGCAGCAGAAGGCACCAGGAUGGCUGUGGUGGGUUCUGGCUUGCAUGGCGGGACAAGCAGGAGGGGAGCUGGGGUCAGGAGACAGGUAGGGAGGACACACCAAGCAGGGGCCCAGAACUCCACACAGGAAAGUGGCCAGGAGCCGGGGAGAGAACAAAAGGAGCCAGCAGCCAGAAAAGAACCCAGAAUUCUGAACAACUCCUAUGUGCCCGCACCACGCUAGCGGCAUUCGUGUCGUUUUUGCUUUUCUCCCCUUCACCGCCACCCCCAUCUAAUCCUUCGUAGUACAUUUCACAAAGAAACAAACAUGGCUCAGAAAAGCAAAUAACUUGUCCCAGGCCUCAGAGCCCAUAAGCAACGGAUCAAAGAUUUAGGCCCGAAGCUGCCUGCAGAGCCCACGCCAUCUCACCCGCUGAACUCCUGGUUUUAUGCCAUGUGAGUGGUCAGAGGCAGGAAUGGGGGAUCUCUGACCGCCAGCUCAAGUGACACUGUCAGAGAGGGUGGCCUUGGUCCAUCCAGCCUUUGUCCCACAGGCCAGGCUCUCCUGCUGACUAGCAGGAGAAUCUGAAACUACCUGACAUUGGCUAUUAUGACUUCACAUCACAUCAUAGGCCAAGUUCAUAACCCCUUUCAGGGUCCCCUCCAAAGUUCAAGAUCACCUCCCACAGGAGUGCUCGGAACCAGAGCAGCAGUCAAGAUCCAGCAUCACUUCUCCAGGGCACGGAGCUGCUGAACGCCAAGCCUUCCUGCAGGGAGAGGUGCUGUGGGCCAUUUGCUCUGCUCUCCAUUUCUCAAAAGACCCUCCCUACCUUGUUUCAGCCUAGAGAGGAGUCACUGAUGAUCCUUGGGCCUGGUCUCUCCUUGACCCUGCUAAACCGGGUAGUCACCCUUCGAGGUCCUGCCUCCUGCCCUACCUGGAGCCUUGAGCCUGUGCUCUUAGCACCCACAGACAGUGCCAUUUCCUGUCUGAAGUUUCCAUGUCUGCAGGCUGCACGCAGCUCCAGGGUCCACGCCUGCCAAACCAGGCCCUGACACUGUGCGGUAGGCUCCCUCAGGUCUUCCGUGGGGGCCUGCUGUUCCAGAGGGACUGUACUCCUUUCUCUUACGGACUGCAGGGCAGGAAGGGAGGCUCCCAGGCCAUCUCCCCGUCCAGCUCUCCUAUACCAAAGAGAAAGAAGGCUUGGCAAGGGUCACCCUCAGAAUGAAGACCAUUUCCCACUGCCCAGCAGGAUCCCUGGCAAAACCAUCAAAGGAAAGUGACUGCACAGCAUUGGAGGAGCAGUUGCCACAAGCCCUCUGAUAAUUCUGUAGACCAAGUUGGACUCAUCUUUGAUCAAUAAAGAAAUGUGGACGUAAAUAAUGACCAUCUUCCUGUGGGGUUGCAUGGGAAAUAGACCCAAGAAAAAAGGGAAGCCUGACUCUUAUGGUAACAGUUGCCCAGCUCAUUUGCAGUUCUCCUACCCCCACGCCUUCCCUUUCUCUGAUCUCUCUCUCUCAGACAUGAUCUCUAGAUCCACCCCUCAGACUGGCCGUUUGCCUGGCAUUUCAAUCCCAGGAGCUCUGACCAGACACUAACAAGCAAACUGGGGAUAUGGUGAUGAAGACAUGUGCUCUGACCUCAGAAAGCAAUCAGUCUAGUCCCUAGAGGACAGAGCCAAGGAAAUCAUCAAUUAUGAUGCAGUGUGUCAGAGAUGGAGGGAAGCAGGGGCUCCAUGGGAGGACAGAGGAUGGGCACAAACUAGUCGGGCCGCAACCCACCUCCAGCUGUCUGGAAUAUCACUAUGCCAGGUUUUCGUAUCAGGGAUGGGAGGGAGGAGCCUGAGGCCAGACAGGGACAAGAGAGGAUUGGGACCACCCCCUUUGAUUACAUUCACUACUUUAUUUCAGGGUCUUGUUUUUCACUGUCUCCUCUGAAAGCUGUCUACCAUAGCCUCCAAAUGUGGUGUAAAGUUGCCACUUUUGAAGAAUAUACUGCGGGGAUCACUUCCUCUACCUGACUAUAUUUCUGUCCUGAGACCCUGCCAUCGAGAAAGAGCAGUAUGAGUCUAUUCUUCCCUGGAGUGUUGUCUCCGCGAAGGGUUUUCCCUAUUGGACAAUGUGUUAACUUCCUAUUGCUGCUGUAAAAAAAAAAAAAAAA